AUGCAAAGUGAUUUAGAAGUAAAUACUUUACAUCGAAAAAAAAAUCAUUUCUAUGCUAUAACAAUCAUUCUGUUACUCAUUUCGGUUAUUUUAUUAUUAAUUUUAUAUGUCAUUGAAAUUAGCAAAACAAAAGAUAACACGAAUGAUUUGUGUUUAACACCGUAUUGCAUCAAAGCAGCUAAUUAUUUGCUCGAAAGUAUCGAUGAAACAAUUGAUCCAUGUGAAAAUUUUUAUGAAUUUGCUUGUGGUAAAUGGAUAAAAAAUGCCAUAAUACCACCGGAAAGUGGCGAAGAACGUUCGAUAUCACAAAUAGUAAAACAAUUACAACAUUCACUUAUCAAUUUAUUAGCAUCGAAUGGGACAGAAAAAUCUAAAGCAAUUAUGAAUGCUCACCGCUUAUAUAAUUCCUGUAUAGAUGAAGAUGCUAUUGAAAAAGAAGGUAUCGAUGCAAUACUAUCAUUGGUCAAUCAAGAACUUGGAGGAUGGCCUGUAUUACAAGGAUCAACUUGGAAUGAAACAAAAUAUGAUUUUGAUCGAUUAAUUUUGAAACUAAGUGAAUAUAAUAAUUAUAUAUUAUUUACAGUAAAGACAGAUGUUGAUGAGACAAAUUCAUUUAUACGAAAUAUUCAUCUCGGUCCUUCUAAUAUUGCUUCGGAAAAUUUAAUUCACUUUUCAAAAGGAUUCAAAGUAUUAACUGCUUAUGGAACAUUCUUUGAGAAUUUAACUCGAGCAUUAACAAAUGACUCAUCGACAAUCGACAAUGAUCUGGUUGAUUUACUAAAAUUUGAAAUGGACUUUCUUCAACAAUAUACAACACAAGAUCAACUAGUUUUUAAUGACACUAUUCGUACAUCAAUCAAUAAUCUUUCACAUACAAUGAACACCAGUUUCGAUUUUUCAAAUUAUGUUCGCCGUCUAUAUUUAUUUGCUAAUAUCUCUCUGGUUGAUACAGAUAUUGUAACUGUCUAUGCACCAAAUAUUCUCCGUUUUAUUUCAUCAAUUAUUGAUCAACAAUCACCACGUACCGUACAGAACUACCUGAUCUGGCGUUUCAUGAUGAAUCGAGCUGCACAUAUGCCAAAGCGCUUUCGAAAUAUGUCACAACAAUAUGUUCGUACAUUUCAUGGUACUACUAGUGAAGAAUCACGUGCAGUUACAUGUGCAUAUUAUGUUAAUACAGCAAUGGGAUUAGUGGUUUCAAAACUUUAUGUCAAAAAGUAUUUUUACAAGGAUGCGAGAGCAGAAGCAAUUGAAAUGGUUAAUAAUAUUCGAAAUGCAUUUAUUACGAUGGUGAAUCAUUCGAUCUGGAUGGAUUCAGAAUCGAAAAUUAUAGCGAUUGAAAAAGCUCGAAAUCUUCGAGCAAAAAUUGGCUAUCCUGGAUAUUUAGGAAAUGAUGAUAUGGCAAAACUUGAUAGAGACUAUGCUGAGUAUAAUUUCAAUUCAUCGUACAUGCACAAUGUUUUAAGUGUCAUUCGUUUAUAUUCGAAAGGAAGUCUUCAAAUGCUUCGUCAUGUUGUCGAUGAAGACGAUUGGAUGGACAUUUCACCAACACAAGUCAAUGCCAUACAUAAAUUAACAACAAAUGAGAUCACUUUUCCGACUGUAAUAUUUCAAGCACCGUUAUUCGAUAAACAGGCACCGAAGUAUCUCAACUAUGGUGGUAUUGGUGUUUUUAUGGGACAUGAAAUUGCACAUGGAUUUGGUGAUGAAGGAAAAGACCAUAAUAUGUAUGGACAUAAAUUUUCAUGGUGGACUAAAGAAACAGGCAAAGCAUUUGACGUACAUAAGGAAUGUAUCAUCGAACAAUAUGAUAAUUAUACUGUAACACAAGUCAAUCGUCAAGUAAAGGGGAUAAAAACACAGGAUGAAAAUAUUGCUGACGAUGCUGCAUUGAAGCAGUCGUUCUUCGCAUAUCAACAAUGGGCGAAGGUUCAUAAGAAUGUUGAUAAGAAACUUCCUGGUUUAACGAAAUAUUCUGCGGAACAAAUGUUCUUUCUUAACUUUGGUCAUGUAUGGUGUACGAAAAUGACAGAUGAAUCUAUACUUUCUUAUCUAAUUUCGGAUAAACAUUCACCUGAACGAUUCAGAGUAAAUGGUCCAACUUCGAAUUUUGUAGAGUUUGAUCGAGUAUUUGNAACGAAAUAUUCUGCGGAACAAAUGUUCUUUCUUAACUUUGGUCAUGUAUGGUGUACGAAAAUGACAGAUGAAUCUAUACUUUCUUAUCUAAUUUCGGAUAAACAUUCACCUGAACGAUUCCGAGUAAAUGGUCCAACUUCGAAUUUUGUAGAGUUUGAUCGAGUAUUUGGCUGCAAGCCAGGUCAAGGCAAUAGCCGAGUGAACAAAUGUAACGUGUGGUGA